CAGCACAUGAUGUUGGGGGUGGGGGUGUAUUCUUCUACACAGGUUCCUGGGCAGCUGUGCGGCUUUUAUUCAAAAAUCACCAUUCCGAGGAGGGGAGCAAUCUGAUGUGAGCGAGCACACGGGCAUUUUACAUGGAGGGACGCGGACCGCACUGAUGUUGGGUUGAUGGCAGUGAGCUUACGGGGCCAGUAAUGGCUCAUGGUGAGAGGCCAGGAACCAUUUCCAAAAUAUUGGCUCCCAGCCCUCCACUGUGCCCCGAUUCAAGAGUCUCAAACCAGAGCGAAGCGGAGCAGCAAGGUUUGGUGAGGGAGGUGUCUGAGCAACCACCUACUUGCACCUCAAAGGAUUACAGGAACAAUGAGCUGACUCCUACUGCUUCUGCAAACCACUUUUACUUAAGUUCUGACCCUAGUCCUGGUGACAUGGAGGACACCUGCUCUGAGUAUGAUAAUGUGGGCUCCGAUGUUGAGCAGGACUAUGAUGAGGUGCUGCAUUUGAACAGAGAGGGCAUGGUAGACAUGAGAUACUACAAGCAGUACUGUGUUGAGGACGGUGGCUAUAUGAAUCGGUCAGGAGGUGACACUGUAAGUGAGAACAGCAGUGCAACUGACCAGCUGACCGCCAGAGUUCAGCAUAGCACAGACGUGUCGUGUGAGCAAACACAAUCUGAUGCUAAGCCUCAUAAGACGGGCCAUCGCUUUAGGUCACACUGUGCCCCAAUUGCCAGAACUGAAGCAGAGAGGGAAGUGGAAAGGGGCCAGGAGAACAAGUUCUUUUUUGGUGAGGGCGAUGAAAUAGAAGAGGUGCUGGAUGGGGCCAAAUUUAUAGAGGAUUUAGAGGAGUCAGAGAACAGUGUUCAAAGACCAACCAGCCGUUAUCCGGCCAAUGAUAAUGAACAAAUUAGAAAGGGAGGUGAUGAAAGGGAAAGUGAGGAUGACGCUCGAGUUACAAGAAACCUCAAUAUCCAAGGAGCCAGUAGGACGUGUGAGUCAUCUCAUAUGGUUUCAAGGGAGAGGGAGAGGCAGAGUAAAGGACGAGGGAGAAGGGGACCAGGAGAGGACAUUGAGCAUAUUGUUUCUGGGAUCAAAGAGUGCACCACCAACAGCACUGAACAACGUCCAAAGACUUCAUCUAAGGACUGCAAGAAGGUCGCUGUGCGCACCAAAGCUAGACCCAGUUCCACCAAGCAACAUCCUCCUCCACCUCCUCGUCAUUCCCAUGCUCAAUCACCUGCCGAGUCCCAGAAGUCCAAGCCUCGUCGAGAGGCACCUCCUGUUCCCAGACCGAGUCCCUCCCAUGCCAACAGCCAGGAGAGUAAAGCUCGGGUCACCAAACCUUCCUUGGUUCCUCAGCACGUACCUGAACAACAGAGGGGGGUUCUUGAGGAGAGGCAGCGGUGGCCAGUGGAAACCCAGCAGGGUGAGAGGCCAAGUUCAGCUGUGGUGCCUGAGGAUGUAGCAGAGCUGCCGAGGAUGCCUCACUGUCACGAGCUCAACCCUGCAGAGAAAACUAACACACCCAAGAAAACACAGGAGGCCACUUCCUUCCCCAGCUUUGAGGAUGUCCCAGGUCCCUGUGAGCCAGAGGAUCUUAUUGAUGGGAUCAUCUUUGCUGCUAACUACCUUGGCUGCACUCAGGUGUUGUCUGAUAAAAAUCCAUCGAAGUCUGUCCGCAUGUCCCAGGCCCAUGAAGCUGUCAGUCGUAUCAAGAGCCAGGAUGAAGACUCUCAAAUGAUGACCGAAGUGGACCUGUUUAUUUCCACUAAAGCUGUCAAAGUACUGAAUGCUGACACACAGGAGACAAUGAUGGACAGUGCCUUGCGUACCAUCUCUUAUAUUGCCGACAUUGGUAGCAUUGUGGUUCUGAUGGCUCGGAGGCGCGUGUCUCAGGCUUCAUCAGAGGAUUUUCUAGAAUCUCCUGAUUCUCCCAGUGAAGGGAAUACUCAGUACAGAAUGGUCUGCUAUGUCUUUGAGUCUGAGGAUGCACAGCUUAUUGCACAGUCCAUUGGUCAGGCCUUUAGCGUGGCCUACAGAGAGUUCCUGCGAGCCAACGGCAUCAACCCGACCGACUUGAGCCAGAAACAGUACAGUGACAUCAUCAACUCCCAGGAAAUGUACCACGAUGACCUUGUCCAUUUCUCAAACUCAGACAACUGUAAAGAGCUGUAUGUGGAGAAACAGAAGGGCGAGAGCCUUGGUGUGGUGAUUGUGGAGUCAGGUUGGGGCUCCAUUUUGCCCACCGUGAUCCUGGCCAGUAUGCUGAACAGCGGCCCUGCAGCUCGCUCUGGAAAACUCAAUGUCGGGGACCAGAUUAUGUCCAUCAACGACACCAGCCUGGUGGGGCUGCCGCUGGCUACAUGUCAGGGCAUCAUCAAGGGGUUGAAGAAUCAGGUAAAGGUAAAGCUGAGUAUUGUGAGCUGUCCCCCUGUCACCACCGUCCUCAUAAAGAGGCCUGAUCUCAAGUUCCAGCUUGGCUUCAGUGUUCAGAAUGGCAUUAUCUGCAGUCUGAUGCGAGGUGGCAUUGCAGAACGAGGUGGUGUCCGUGUUGGACACAGGAUCAUUGAAAUAAAUGGUCAGAGUGUUGUUGCCAUGGCACAUGAGAAGAUUGUUCAGAACCUGUCUGUCUCAGUGGGUGAGAUCAACAUGAAGACGAUGCCUGCUGUGAUGUUCAGACUGCUGACGGGUCAGGAGACGCCUGUCUACAUAUAGAGUCCCUGCAUGGAUUCACCCACUAUGUCUGGCAGUAUGAGGACGACAGACAGAUGACGGACAGGUGGCUCAGUGGGACAAGGAGAAUUUAUUUUUCUAUCAUUUUAUUUUUUUCGGCCUCUUGUUGCAAUGCUGUAAAGAACAUCCGGUUCUCAUUUUCAGGUUUUGUCUCAAAUUACAUUGUCAUAAUGGCCUUACAAUGUGGAUACUCUGUCUGUAGUUGUGUUUCUGGUGAUGAAGAGAAGUAGCUUUAAGGUCAUGAUUAUUUUCCUAUGAAGAGAUAAAUUAGUACAUUUAUUUUUUAUUUAGUCAUUUUUAUAAUGUGUAUGGUAAAAUGUACUUCUACUGUAAAUACUUUGAAUUACUCAAGGACUUGAUUUGAAAGGCCAUAUUACUCCUACAGUAUAUGCAUGUUAUUAUGAAGAAUUACUGACCAGGGAUUAAUUCACAGUAUGACAUAAUUAUCUAUUACGGUCAAUGUUAAAAGAAGAUGAUAACAAUAGCUGUACAAAGGCGCUAAUCUACGUAUUAUGGUGAUGCUGAAGGCCAAAGACACACCUAUUUUUCAGAAAAUAUGCAGUAUGGGUUAUCAUUACCUUUACCAGAGCAUACAAGAAUGUAUAAAAAUAUACAUUACUGAAUGAAUGUAAUGUAAUGUAACAGUAAAAAUACAAUCUCACUGCUAAAUACUCA